AUGUCCGAUGAUGAUAUCCCUCCACCGAAAUCAAGCGGUGAUAAUCCUCCUCCACCGAAAUCAGGCGGUGAUAAUCCUCCUCCACCAAAACCAAACAGUUCCGGUUCAGAUGCAGAUCCCUUCAAGGCAGAACCUUCUAAUCCUUACUUCAUCCACCACUCGGAUCAUCCUGGCUUAGUCCUAGUCUCCAAACUCCUAAAUGGGGAUAAUUUUUCUGGUUGGAAAAGGUCUAUGGUUAGAGCCUUAAAUUCCAAUAACAAGCUCGGAUUCGUCAACGGUUCCAUCAAGGCUCCCUCAGAAGAAACUGACCCUGAAGGCUAUGCGAUUUGGUCGCGUUGCAAUGAUAUGGUUCAUUCCUGGAUCGUCAACUCUUGUGAUCCAGAAAUAGCUGACAGUGUGACCUACUAUCCUAAUGCUCAUGAAGUUUGGGAGGAUCUCCAUGAGCACACAGCACAUGGAGCACAAGCAGAUCAACAGCGAUUGAUGCAAUUCUUAAUGGGAUUAAAUGAGACUUACAGUGCAAUUCGCAGACAGAUCCUAUUGAUGAAUCCUCUCCCUACUGUUCGCCAAGCAUAUGCUGCUAUAUCUCAAGAAGAAAAACAACUUCUCAGCGUUUCACACACCACAUCAGAACUGGAUUCAAGCGCAGCCAUGGCGGUAAGGAAUAGCAACAGGCCCAAUUCGAAUUUGGCUAGGGGAGGAAGAUUUGAGCGAUCUGACCGCCCUCAACAACAUCGUCCAGAAGGACGCUCUUCUUUUGCGUCUCAAGAAGUGCGUCGAUCCAUGGGCCGAGUCCCUCCACCGGUCCCGAACCCGUCCACACCACCGCCACCUCUUCCUCCGGUCGCACCACCCCCUGCCGAACCCGCCUCCGCUCCUCCCGAACCUGCACCUGAACCUGUUGCUCUCAGUCGCUCGAGUCGCCAGACCGGCCCUCCUGUUAAGCUCAAUGAUUACAUCUGUUCCAACGUUUGCUCCGACCAAUCGCCUUCUCUCAUGCCAGGUCCGACCAAAGAACCCAAUUCUUAUUUAGAAGCUGUUGUCAUUCCGGAAUGGCGCGAUCGAUGCAAUGCAAUCCGAAUUGGCAGCACUUCAGGCUAAUGGCACC